AUGGCAGGAGGCGGUCCUUGGAGAAGGGGCUUCGAAGACUGCCUUGGGACCAGUCGAGCGGGUGCUCCGGUCAUCAAGGUCUCCUCAGCUUGCUCCGAAGCUCCAGCUCCCAGCGUGCCGCCAGAGGUGAGAGUGAGCAUGGCAGCCUCCGGACUUCUGCACAAGCGAGGGCACCGCAAGGCAGUUGGGGAUGCCUCGCUGCGGGAGACCUUGGCAGCUGCCUGUGUCCAGGCGACACCGCUGCAAAGACGCUUGAGCGCUGCUCUCCACAACGACGAGGCCAUCUUGGUGGAAGCCCUGGGCCUGGUCUUGGAUCAGCUGUCUGGGAACCACUUGAAGUACUACCCCUUCAAAGCCUUCCCUUCACAUUCCUCGCAGGCCUUCAAUUGUGAUAACAAAGACGACUUCUUGUCGCAGUGUUGCUUGUCGGAGGCGUUUGACGACUUUGCCUCCUCACUGCAAGUGCAGCCGCACCCAGCAGCUUCAAAGCUAACGUUGCUGGGCAGCGACAAUUCGGAGGAGAUUCAAGUUGAAGGUGUGUUGUUAACUGAGUUGAAACCGAGUGCGCAGGAGCAAAUUGGGCGUGCACGAGCCAACUUGCGACGCUCGUUGCGACGCGUGCAUCUGCCGGGGAAUGAGCCAGCCAAGGCUGGCAAGGCGGACCUCGAGAGCCUCGCGGAGCGCGUUCCGUGCAAAGUGCAACUCGUGCAGGCCAAGAGCAGCGGUCCACGGCGCCAGGAGAUGCGUCCCAGCUGCUUCUUGCAAACCAGCGGUACUCUUUAUGAAGAGAAGAGCUUGAUGUGGCUUUCUGUUUCUGACGCAGGGCUCGAUUUCGAAGGUGGUGCAAAUGCUGCAAGGAUUGUGACCAAUGUGCCCUUCGGCAUCGCAUCAGGUGGCAAGCAGGACCCGGUUUCUGGACUUCCAGAGGCAGCAGAGACAUACAGCAGGCUCGGCCGCCUGCUGAGACAGCAGCGAGCCGAGUGGCGAGGCCUCGUUGCUUUCGCGGAGAGCUUCCGCAACCACACAGGUCUGGAGUGGAGCAGCGAGCUCCGCUUCUUGAACGGCAGCCGCUGGGUCGACCUGCUGCAGUGGUCUGGUACCGAACGGAGAGUGCGGCGGUAA